GGCGUGUGCUUACCUUUACAUUUGCAUUCCAUUUAAAAUUUGAAAGAUAAAAAUAAUCUAACCUUAGUUCUUUUAUAUAUUGCCGCAAAUGUAAUUCUAACCCCAAUUGCUGUUAUUCAUCAUUGUUCCAUACGAAUUUCUUAUAUUAUUCUGUAUAGGGUGAUAGCGUGUAUAAUAUACAAAAUGCCGACGAUUAAUAUUAAACGUGAUUUACUGUUUAAGACACUUGGAAAAACGUAUUCGGACAAUGAGUUCCAAGAUCUGUGCUUCAAGUUUGGUUUAGAAUUGGAUGAAGUGACCACAGAGAAGCAAAUUAUAAUGAAGGAGAGGGGCUUGGAAGACAAUACCAAAGCAUCAGAGGAAAUUAUAUAUAAAAUUGACAUACCAGCAAACAGAUAUGAUUUAUUAUGUUUAGAAGGUUUAACACUUGGUCUGCUCAUUUUUCUAAACGUGAUAAAUGUACCACAAUAUAUGGCCAUAUGUCCAAAUACAGAUGUACAAAGAAUUGUUAUGACAAGCAAGUGUUUAAAAGUCAGAGGACAUAUUGUAGCAGCUAUUCUGCGCAAUAUUAGAUUCACCAAAGAUUCUUAUAACAGUUUUAUCGAUCUACAAGACAAGUUGCAUCAAAAUAUAGGAAGAAAACGAAGUCUGGUGUCGAUUGGUACUCAUGAUCUGGAUACAAUCGAAGGCCCGUUUUUAUACGACGCAAAACCACCAUCAGACAUUCGCUUUAGACCACUCAAUCAAGAGAGGGAGUAUACAGGGGAAGGAAUAAUGAAUUUAUACGCUAAUCACGCACAGUUGAAACAAUAUCUACCCAUCAUAAAAGAUAGUCCAGUUUUUCCUAUAGUGCAAGAUAGCAAUGGAAUUAUAUUAUCUCUCCCACCUAUCAUCAACGGAGAACAUUCGAAAAUCACGCUGAACACUAAAAAUGUGUUGAUAGAGUGUACAGCAACAGACCUUACAAAAGCAAGAAUAGUAUUGGAUACUAUUGUUUGUGCAUUUAGUCAAUACUGUAAAACGAAAUACACAGUGGAAACUGUGGAAGUUGUAUACCCUGAUAACCAAGUAUUUCGUUAUCCUGAUUUAAAGUAUCGAAUUCAAGAAAUCGAUUGUGAAAAAGCAAUAAAUUACAUUGGUGUGGAACAAACUCCGGAAGAAGUAGCUACUCUACUUUCCAAAAUGUCAUUAAAAACGUCGAUUAAAGAAGAUAAAAAAUUAAUCGUGGAAGUGCCUCCUACGAGGCAUGACGUGAUGCAUGCAUGCGAUAUUUUCGAAGAUAUCGCGAUUGCUUAUGGUUACAACAGGAUUAAAAAAACUAUACCUCAUUUGUCAACGGUCGCCGAAGAGUUCCCACUUAAUAAAUUGUCUGAUCAAUUACGUAUGGAAUUGGCUUGCGCUGGAUUUACAGAAGCAUUGACUUUCUCAUUGUGUUCUCGCGAAGAUAUAUCGGACAAAUUGGGUCAUAAAUUGGAGAGUAUACCAGCGGUACACAUAUUGAAUCCAAAAACAUCGGAAUUUCAGGUAGCACGUACUACUUUACUGCCAGGGUUACUCAAAACACUGGCUGCUAACAAAAAGAUGCCGCUUCCUCAGAAGCUGUUUGAAGUUUCCGAUGUCGUAUUGAAAGACAAUACGAUGGAAGUAGGCGCACGCAAUAACCGAAAUUUGUGCGCUGUAUAUUGCAAUAAAUCGGAUGGUUUUGAAAUAAUUCAUGGUUUACUGGAUAGAAUGUUACAAGUAUUGGAAGUACCGUGGAGCGUUAACGGAAACGACAACGGGUAUCGUCUUCGCGCUGUUAAUGAUCCCACUUUCUUACCUCAUCGUUGCGCUAAAAUUUUAUGUUAUGGAAAAGUAAUCGGAAAAAUGGGCGUUCUACAUCCAGAUGUAAUCUUAAAGUUUGAUUUAAACAUACCUUGUUCUGUACUAGAGAUCAAUAUUGAAUCAUUUUUAUAA